AUGUACCCCUCCUCAUCUCCUGCCGCCAUCCCCCGCCCCAUUCUCAAACGGCACCAAACGUCGCGCGACUACCCUUCCUCCCACUGCUCUCCGGACAGGUUUCACGGAGUACACUUCCCCCCAUCCCCCGUUCUCGCAAAGACCCACCUCGUCCAUUCACCAUCAACAUAUGACAGAUCACCCAUUGUUGUCGGGGAGAACGACUGCGCCCUCCCCGAACGCGGCUGUCCAGGUCGUACUUAUAACCUAGACGACUCUUCUUCCAGCGGGUCCUCUGCCGAGUCUGCUCGCCGCCUGUUGCACCGCUCCAGCGACCAUUGUCAUCCGAGGGCAGCCCUUGUCUCACAAACAUCCCAAAAUCAACAUCAUCGUCGUACCUCCUCUCCCAUGGCUAGGACGUAUACCGGCACCGAGUUGGACUACCGCUCACACCAAAAUCAUUCCAUCCCGCAUACCAUGCCCUCGCUCAUCCCCGAUGUCUCCUCAGAGUCGGACGAGAGUGAUGGCUUCACGAGCCCCCCUCCCGACUCAUUGAACGUGACUCUGGCGUCCGGCCCGUCAAUACCGCGGCCUCGGGUUGCCCGUGCGAGCAACACGGGCUUCCCUAACAUGACGCCGUGCGAUGACGGGUCAAAUCUGUAUGCGUCCUCUAAUCCUUCCUUCCUGCCCCAUCCUCCUUCCUCUGACGACAAACCCAAACGCCGGAAACACCGGGAUCAGGAUGGCAAGCCGUCUUCAAGACGGAGUGGGGCUGCCAGGGUGGCUGGCGACGAUGCCAGCUAUACGUCGUUCUCGCUGUGCAAGGGAUUAUCAAAUUGCUCCCUUGAUUCAUCGCCUGGCGACUGCCUGGACGGAUUUUGAUUGGAGUGCCUUGCCUCUCUCUCCAUGGGAAUGGGGGAGCUCUUGUGCAUUGUGUUGUGUUGAUGUACGAUUAUUCUUCGGGUCAAGUAGCGAGGGUCUUUUCUGACAGGUUAAAUCAUGCCUUGACGACAGCCAGCUGUUGAGCUGUUCUAAUGUUGAUUACUUUCCUCUCUGCCUGUUAUGACGUUAUCGGUUCUCAUGCAUAUACCAUCCAUCCAGUCGCUCUCGCAUUGCUUUAUUCGAACACUGAUGACGAUAAUGAUCCGCGUUUCGAUUUCACCCGUGCUUCGCUGUCGACUCAAGGACACUAGCAGCUCGCCUACCGUUAUGAUAAUACAUCUAUGUAAUCUUGGGGAAAGCAAGCCUAAUAGCACCUGCAUCUACCACCUGCUCCCGUUCCUUCUGCUCCGCCAACUCCAUGGAUGUGCGCUAUUGAUAUAUUGUGACAUAUUCAGCUGGCCCAUCCGAG